UUUUUUAUUUGUAAUUCGAGCGGUUUAUUUAAUCCAAAUGUGUGGACGCCCUCUGUCGUUAACUGAAAUUGUGGUUUUUUUUUGUCUCGAUGUUUUUGUUGUUGUUGUUGUUGUUGUUGCUAAUGUUGAUGAUGAUGUCGCUGUUGCUGCAGCUUGUCGAUUGAUGAUAAUGGUGGUUUUUUAUUUUUUUGAUGUUUAUGAUGAUCAGAAGAAUAAACACCUCUCUUCGAUCAGCAAACAAAGACAACGAGAAAAAUCUUGACGAUAUUUUUAUUUUGUUUUUUUUGCGUUAUUUAUGUUUUUUUCCAAAAAAAUUUAGUUUAAUUCAUUGGAUAAUUAUUGGAUCAUCAUACAUUGGCUAUAGAGUGUCAGCCGUUGUCAUCAUUAUCAUUAAAUUAGUGCAGUGUUUUUUUUUUUUUUGAUUUAGUUUGGUUUGUUUUGUUGCCUUUAGUUGCAUGAUUAAUGUUGCCAUUGACAACAGUCGAUAUAUUAUUAUUUUAAACAUCAAAGAAUCUAUGAACGAUAUGAAUCAAACGAUGAAUAGACUGGAAAAACCAUAUUAUCAUUGAAUUGAAUUCAUUUUUUUUUUAUAACUGAAUGGUCAAUGAUAAAUUUGUAAACAAUUUUUUUUCAUUUCAACGAAUUCACAAAUGUGAAAGUCAUCGUCCUAGUCGAUUUUCCAUAUUCAUUGUGAUUUUUUUUUCCAAUCGUCCAUUGAUUGUCAUAUUGUGUUAUUGUCUCAUAAUCUAUUUAUCAAACACCGCUUUAGAAUCAACAUGUGGGUCAAACUAGAAAAUGUUGUCGUUGCAAAUGCUUUUUGGAUAACCGAACGUGCCAAUCCAUAUUUUGUACUACAAAGACGUCUAGGUCAUGGAACGAAAGGUUUCUCUUCACUUUUGGUUGGAACAAUCGAUUCGGUUUUCGAUACAAAACCCUUGCCAUUUAGGAUUUUGCAUCAAAUUUCCAAUUCUGAUACAACAUACAUUAUUGCUGCAUCAUCUAGUUUUGCCGAAAUUCUCAAAGAUUGGGAAUACAUUGAAAAUCAUCUGAUGCCAACGUUGACAAAUUUUGAAAAUGAUGCCGAUGUAACAGAUUUUAUUAAAUGUAAAAUUGAAAGUCUUUUGCAGAUGAUCAUCGAUCAAAAUGCUACCGAAACAGAUGUUCAAAGUUCCAAGGAUGUUAUUUCAUCUGUUUCUAAAUUUAUCAAAUUAUUUUCGAUGCCUGAAGAGGAAAAACUUGUAAAUUAUUAUUAUUGCAGUUAUUUUAAAGGCUCAUUUCCACGACAAGGAUGGCUUUACAUAAGCAUCAAUCAUUUAUGUUUCUAUUCCAAUAUUUUUGGUAAUGAAAUCAAAAUCAUAACCAAAUGGAUUGAUGUCAAGCAUCUUGAAAUUGAUGAUCCACGUUUCUUUCCGAAUAGCAUACGGGUAAUCACUCGAACAAAAAAAUAUCUAUUCUCAAUGUUUCUCAGAGCUGUUGAAGUUUAUUCACUUAUGGAACAAUUGGUUAAUCUUGCUAUGAAAUCAUUGAUUUCGGAUGAAAAACAACAUUUACUUACUAUCGAUAAUGAACAAAAUAAUAAACCAAAAUAUUCACGUGGUGCUUCCAAAAAAUUGAAAAUACUUAAACGAGAUUUGGACGCUAGAGCAAUGUGUGAAAAUUAUAAAAUUACAUUCCGUUUACCAAUGGACGAAAAACUCGAUGGAACAUUACCAUGUACAUUAUGGACGCCAUACAAUAAACAACAUGUUUGGGGCAAAAUGUAUCUAUCAAAUAAUUACAUUUGUUUCGAGAGUCGAGUCUUAAGCCUUUUAUCAUUGAUCAUUCCAAUGCGUGAGAUUCGUUCGGUCGAAAAAUUGGACAACAGUUCAAAUUGGCCUGUCUGGAACAAAGCCAUAGUAAUAACGUUGAGUAAAACUAAUAUCAUUUUUGAUCACGUUGAAGAUCGAGAUUUUCUCAUUGGUAAAAUUGUCAAUAUGUUGGCUCGAUUGGAUCACACUAAAAGUGGCGAAGGGCUUGAUGUUCUUGGUCGCGAAAAUCGGACUCUCAGAUCAUAUUCCUUUACUAUUGAACCGGCUCUAAAUAAGAAAUUCUCAUUUGGCAAUGUAUCACCCGAAACUGAGGCUAAAGAAUCUGUUAAAUUAAAUCUAUGGCAAUUGCAUUUUAUUGAAUAUGGCCGUGGAAUAACCUGUUAUCGUGUGGCCAAAACUCGUGAUCUUAUAUUGCAAGGAAUUCCAGACGAACUUAGAAAUGAACUAUGGCUUCUUUAUUCCGGAGCUAUUAAUGAAAAAGAGACAAAUCCUGGUUAUUAUGAAAAACUGGUGGAAAAUUCUAUGGCUGUACAGAAUGUUGCUUCGGACGAGAUUGAACGUGACCUUCAUCGAUCACUACCGGAACAUCCAGCUUUUCAAUCUGAAGUUGGCAUCAACGCUUUACGAAGAGUGUUGAAAGCCUAUGCUCAUAGAAAUCCAAACAUUGGUUAUUGUCAAGCAAUGAAUAUUGUUGCUUCCGUUUUUCUUUUGUACGCCAAUGAAGAAGAUGCCUUUUGGUUGUUGGUUGCCUUAUGUGAACGUCUGUUGCCCGAUUAUUAUAACAAAAAAGUUAUAGGUGCUUUAGUGGAUCAAGGAGUUUUAGAAGAAUUGGUUAAAGAUCAUUUACCUGAACUUUAUAAUCAACUAUUACAUUUGAGAAUUUUACCAAUGAUUUCAUUAUCGUGGUUUUUGACCAUAUUCUCAAGUGUCAUGCCUUUUGAAUCGGCUAUCAAUAUUGUUGAUUAUUUUUUCUAUGAUGGGGCUAAAGUCGUCUUUCAAAUUGCAUUACGGAUAUUGAAUGCAAAUGAAGAAGCAUUAAGAAAAUGUAAAGAUGAUGGUGAAGCUAUGACUGUACUUAGUGGUUAUCUGGAGAAUAUUGUCAAUCCAGAAGCCAAAGUACCACAUAUGGUACAUUCAUUUUCAUAUGGAACAGCUAGUAAACGUGCUAGCCAAAAAAUGACCGACAUUAAAGAUUUGAUCAAUGAAUCUUAUAGUAAAUUUAAUUUUAUAACAGCCAAUCAAAUUGAAAAAUUAAGACUUAAACAUCGUAUGACUGUGGUUCAAAAUUUGGAAGAAACUUCAAUUAAAAAUACUAUUCGUACAUUACAAAACAUUCCGAUUAUUGCUCAUUAUUUGACCUAUGAAGAAAUAUUUAGCAUGUAUAUGGUAUUGAAAGAAGAACAAUUGAAACAACAAUAUUGGGGUCAAAUUAGUUCAACAACAUUAUUGGAAAAGAAUGAUGUAUAUUCUUUUAAAAUCGAUAUUGAACAAUUUCGUUGCUAUUUUAUUCAAUUUGUUCCAUGGAAUUGUGAUAAUAUUGAAAAUUUAAUUAGCCGUGUUUUUCAAUUUCUUGAUGAAAAUCAUCACGGUUCAAUCGGUGCAUAUCAACUAUUAUUCUGUAUGGUUAUUUUCAUCAAGGCUGAUGUGGAACUACGGCUGAAAUUUUUAUACGCCAUACACUUGUUAGAUAUUGAAAAUGGGACAACAAACAUGAAUGAUGAUAAUAAUAGUAAACAUACUGAUGAUAAAUCCAAUGAUCAAGUAGAAACCGCAUCCGAAGCGAUGGAGUUUUUUCAAGACAAAAUUUCACCACAAAAAUCAUCCAAAGACGACCAAAUUAAUCUUGUAGAAAUUGAUAAUGAUCAAGAUGAUCAUCCGAAAGAACCACAGAAAGAAUUCACACUUUGCUUUUUAUAUUUAUUGCCCAUUACUAAACUGCAUCGAACUACUAGCAUCACUUAUACAUUAUCACAACAACAGAAUAUCAUGAAUAAUUUAGAUGGUGAUGAAAUGCCAUUUCAAAAAUUACCAAAUAUGAAAGAAAUGCAAUUUAUUAAAUUAUGGAAAACCAUGUACGAUAUUUUUGCCUAUGAAACCAAUGAACAAUAUAUUUUCGAUUGUAUUGCACGGGUUGGUAAUGAUCUUCUUCGUCAUGGUUAUUUAACAUCGAUGGCUAUUGCCGAACGUGAGAAAGACAAAGAAACAAUAAAAUCGGAUGAUAGUUUUCAAACGAUUAGCGAAGAAGAUCUGAAACUUGAUGAUUUAUCCAUUAAAAGUUUCAGUAGCUGUUCAAGUGAACAUAUUAUUGUUGAAAAUAAUAAAGAAAUAACUAAUGAACAAUCAUCGUCAUCAAUAACAACUACGACGGACACUACAAGUGUUAAUCAACAACAACAACAACACCAUCAUCAUCAUCAUCAUCAUCAUGAACCAUUAAAUUGGCAAAUUAGUUUUGAACAAUUUUCAAGCAUUCUAUACACUGAACAAACAUUAAUUGAUUUAUUUGAGAAAAAAUUCGAUUGGACAAUCGUAAUGGCUAAGAUAAAAAAUCCAGAAAAUUUUGAUCGUUCACCAAGUCUUAUAAAUUCAUCAUCAAAUAUUCAAACAUUAUCAACCAAUAAAGCAGCCGCAAGCCAAUAAUUUGUGGACACAUUUCAAAUCAUCAUCGGUUAUAUUCCAAUAUUUUAUGAAUUUUUUUUUCCAUAUACAAAAAUGUUAUAUAAUUUUUU